AUGGUCGUGGGCAACAUGCUGAUCGUCGCGGUGUUCGGGGGCCUGCACUACGCGGCGACCGUUGCGUACCGUCGUUGCCGUGGCGUGGACGCGGCAGACGCGUGGGCGGCGCUGCGCUUCCCGAGCCUGACGUACCUCGUGGCGUGCGCCAUGCACCCCGGCAUCUGCGCCUGCUCCGUCCUCCUGCUGGCGACGCCCGGCGCCGAGCCGCAGCACUACGUGGUCGGGGUCGUCGGCGCCCUCUACGGCGUGGCGUUCCCGGCCGGCGUCUGCCUCUUCCUCACGCGCCGCGGCCAGGCGGAGUUUAUGGAGUACACGGCGUUUGCAACGCGGCCGCUGCCCGUGCGGUGGCUGUACCCCGUCGGCUACUGGGGCCCGCCGGCGCAGCUGCGGAUGUGCGGCGGCGCCUUGGCGCAGGUGAGGGGCGGAGGAGCGUACCGGUGCGUCUUUGAGCUGUCGGUGUUGUGCCUCGUCGGCGUGCUCGCGGCGCUGCAGCCGCCGCUGGAGAGGUGCUCUCUCCUGUACUUCUGCAUGGCGGCGGUGCUGUUCCUUGCGGCCGCCGUGACGCUCUGCGUCAACAUGAUGCGCUCCCUCUUCCAGACGGUGAUGCACACCGCCGGACUUGCGCUGCUCGGCACUCUCUGCCUCUUCAACGCGGCGGCGUAUCGGGCGCCGGGCGACGGUUGGGUGCGGGCUUACGCGGCAAUCGCGCUGCUGCUGCUGUGCGUGCUGCUUGCGGUCACGGUGUACAACCUGGUGCUCUGGUACGUGGAGAGCCGCAACUGGCGGCACCUGCGCGAGCAGCGAAAAGCCCCGGUCCCCUGCCCCCCAUACAACUCUGACGCGGAGAAGGAGAAAGACGUCGACGGCGACGUUGGCUCGAAUGAGCCGGCCGUGUGA